AUGACGCCUGUUGUGCACUCAGUCACUUUCUUCAGGAUCAGCUAGAGCAAAUGUUGAAGUGAAGAUAAAACUAGCACUGCUUUGGCAACUUCCUUCGUUACUUCCAUUCUGUUAAAACGCAAUUUACAGUGGUGGAGCACCCCUGCUCCAGUUGUUACCAUAGCAACCAGUCUAGCUGGUUCGUUGAGGUCGGCAGGUCGCUGGUAGCCCAUGUCGAUUUGGUCGGUGCUAAAUUUGCCUGCGAUUUAUCGAUUUAUUAGUCAAUACAGAUGGAACGUGUUGUUAGUCGAACAAAGGCUGUGAUACAAGUGUGAAUUAGGCGUAGGCAUCAAUUUGACGAUUCACCGUAAGAUACAAGACAUCAACGCUGGUUGGAUAAGGUUAAACGACAGCUAAUCGUCUUCAGAGGACCAAUUUAGUGCAAAGAUGGCGCGCAAACGCGACAUGAUCCAGAUCCAGACGGAGGUGAGCACCCAGGAGGAGUGGGAGCAGGAGAUCGCCAAGCCGGGCCUCACCGUGGUCGACGUGUACCCCGACUGGUGCGGACCCUGCUCCUCCAUGGUUGGCAUGCUGAAAAAGAUCAAGUUCGAGCUCGGUGACGACAUGCUCAACUACGUGAUCGCCCGUUCUGACGACAUCGAGGCCCUGGAGACUUUCCGCAAUCGCAGCGAGCCGCUGUGGAUCUUCUUCGGCUCCGGCCAGCCGGUGUACCAGCUCCGGGGAGCCCACUCGCCGCUGCUCGCCAGGAAGAUAGUCGAGGAACUGGAGAAGGAGAAAAAGGUGUUAGCCGGCGAGGCCGAGCGUUCCGUCAUCUCUCUCGUCUGCGACGCGCCGGCGGCCGUCCAGCUGCCGCCCGAAGUCGUCGCCGCCGGUGCCGAUGACGACGAGGCAGCCGAGACUCUGAACGCUCGACGGUUGAGGUCGGAGGCGCGCGUGGCCCGCGCUCUGGCACCGUACAGUGUGCUGGUGGUGGCGCCGGCGGCCGCAGACAGACGAGAGGAGGUCCUCUCCCUUCUGGAGUCCCACGGCUUCACCAUCGGCGCGGAGGUGACGAAGGAGCUGACCGAAGAGGAGGUGGACGCCCUGGUGGACCCACCACCACCACCACCACCGCCGGCGGCGGCUCCGGCGGCUGAGGAGGAGGGGGAGGGAGAGAAAGCCGCCGAGGGAGAAGAGCCGGCUGCUGCAGAGGGAGAAGAGCCGGCCCCGGCAGAGGUAGAGGAGCCCGCUCCGGCAGAGGAGACGGAGGGAGGUAGCGCCGGCGCAGAGGAGACCGGAGAGACAGAGCAGCAGGAGGAAGGAGGGGAGGAGGACCCGGAGGUUGCGGCUCGCAGGGAGGCGGCCAAAGAGAAACUGAAGGAGGGAGAGUGUGCUCUUCUGGCGCUAAAAGACUCCGAAUUCAGCGAGCAGAAUCCCUACCGCUGGCUGACGCUCUACCUCGGCCACGCACCAGCGCCGCCACCCGACUCCGGCGCCGAACCUGUAGUUCCACCACCGGCCGCCGGAGGGCAGCAGGAGGACGGCGACUCCCCACCAGACACCGAAGCGGCAGCAGAACCCGAGCCAGAGCCUGAAGCGGACGAAUCCCAACCACCACCGGAACCAGAGUCGGCACUGGCGGAUCAGCUUCGAGAACUUCUCGUGGAGGCCGCUCCUGCGGUGUUCAGCCCUGAGACUGUCCCCGGUCAGCAGGCGGCCCUGAGGAGGCAUUUCCCGGAGCUGUACCGGGCGCCGGAGCCGGCCCCAGCCGCCGCGUCAGCCGAGCCGUCUCCGCCAGCCAGCCGACAGGUGGCGCUGGCGGUGUUCGCUGGAGAUCGAGAGGACGUGGCGGAGAAGCUGAACGAGGCCGGGUUCGCGGUGCUGCACUCGGGAGUGGGAGAGAUGACAGAGGAGGUGGCAGGUCAGCUGGUGGCCCGUCUGGAGGGAGGCGACAGUCAGCUUCCGGCGCUGGUGGCGACACCUGUGCUGGCGGCGGCAGUAGCCUCCGACGGUGGCGCCGCCCUGGCGGCCAUCGCCAACCUGGAUCCGCUCUACCUCUCCGACAAUCCGGAGCAGGCAGAGAAGGACGCUCAGCUAAUUUUCUCCUCCUGGGGAGUGGACAUCGGCUCCCUGCUCGUGGACGGCGCAGGAGGAGGCGAAGGGGGCGAAACUCUGGCAGAAGGAGCCGAGACGGCGCCGGAGGGAGAAGCAGACACAAAGACAGAGGGAGGGGAGGGAGAGGCAGAAGGAGGAGCGGAGGAAGGAGCGGGAGGAGGUGAGACAGUGGCGGAAGGUGAGGGAGAGGCGGAGGGCGCAGCGGCGCAGGACGCGGCUCCCGAGGAUACUCCCGCUGAGGAAGCGCCCGCUGAAGAUGCACCUGCUGCUGAGGAGGCUCCGGCCGCCGAGGAAACGCCAGCGGAAUAGGUGGCGCUGGCGAAUGGUUAUAGGUGGCACUGUUGUUCCAAAACGGUGACACUGUUGGUUGGCAUUUAAAAUACCCAAACGGCUAGUCAUGCUGAAAGUGGUAUAUUCGAUGCUACUCGAAGAUAUGUGUAUAUGCGAGUGCGGUGUAGCCAGUGCAAGACCAGUCACCAACGAUGUCGGAAAACUCCUUCAGCUUUACUUUUAUCCGAAUGCGAUUCACAUGGUCGGAAUAAAGUUCAUACAAGGGAAGCGGUAUAAAGAAAAACCGCGAAAUAAAAUGGCUCGACUGUUA